AUGGGCGGUAGUAACCCAACACCACUCAAGCAGCAGCAGCAAGGACAGCAGCAGAAACGGCAGCAACAGCGGCAGCAACAGCAGCAGAAGCAGCAGCAGCAGGAAAAGCAGCAGCGGCAGCAGAGGCAGCAGCAGGAAAGGUGGCAGCGGCAGCAGCAAAAGCAGCAGCAAAACCGCAGCGGCAGGAGCAAAAGCACCGGCAGCAGCAGCUGCUGCUGCUUUUGCUGCUUCCAGCUGCGUCCCCCCUCCAAGCAGCAGCAGCAGCAGCAGCAGCAACAGCAGCAGCAGCAGCAGCAGCAGCAGCAGCAGCUUGAGUUUGCCGCGUGA